CGUGACCCCGUUCCAUCAACAAGCAAUCAUGGCGAACUAUCGACCUUCGACAUUGUGUAGUCUGCCCCUAACACUGGACCCAAAUGAGUAUUUCAACCUCUCGCCGGAGAAGCGACGAGCCGACGAAGAAAGAGCAGCACUGCGAGCCAAUCUAAAGAGGCAGUAUCAGUUACAGCUGAAUAACCCGCAAAGAAAGGCGCUCAUUGAAGACCCAGCCCUGGCACUUUGGGUGAAUGCCCGCACCAACCCCAACCCACUCUACAGGACCACUUUGAAGAAUUCUAUGUUGGGUUUAGUGGGCGGAAUUGCGCCCCUCUUCCUCUUAUACUAUCUCUUCAAGUCACACAGGGAUGGGAGGGAAGUGAAGAUUAAGGCUGGAACCUACGAGCGCAACUACCAUUUGGCACACUGAGCUCCGCUAUAUAAAGACCUGAUUUAUGUUCUAGUGAUGCCAGUGCAUGUAAUUAUUAUUAACAAAAUAAAAUAUUACUGUUAAAAACA